UCCAAAAGCCGAACUAUUUAAGGACUCAAUGGGACUGAACAAAGAGCUGCCUAUUCCGAAUACCUAAUACCUUAUCCAAAUUUGGUACAUCAUGUCGGAACAUAUUCUCGUUCUCGGUGCUACAGGUGUGACUGGGCUAGCAUUUUGUACCACUGCUUUGAAGGCGGGUCAUCAGUUGACUCUAUAUGUCCGAAAUCCAAGCAAACUACCAGCGGAGAUUUCCGGCGACUCCAAAGUCACGGUGAUCGAAGGAUUAUUAUCCGAUGCAACUGGACUACAGAAAGCUGCGGCAUCAGGUGCAAAAAUUUUCGUAUCCUUUGCAGGGCCUACCUACGGCUCCAAAGGCACACCGGUUACCGAUGCCAUGAAGUUGAUAUUCCCUCUUCUGAUCGAAAAUCACUUCAAGAGGGCAUUGGUGCUAGGCACCUGUUCCUUCACGGCGCCCGAAGACAAAGGAGCACUGAAAUGGAAAGCAUCGGUGGUCUUGAUCAAGAUCAUCGGCGGUACGGCUUUUCAAGAAUUCCAGGGCCUCGGCGCGUUCGUCAGCUCGCAGGAGGUGUCUCAAUUGAAGUGGACUCUUUUCAGAGUUCCUUUCCUCGGGAAUGGUCCUGAGAAACCCGUGCACGCUUCAUACACAGGCUCGGGCGAAGACGGCAUGUUCUUAUCGAGGCAAAGCAUCGUCACUUGGGUUUUGACGGAGCUGAAGGAAGAUUCGGAUUGGGUUGGGAAGACCCCUGUUCUUUCAAAUUGGUAAUGACCCUCGGUGGAUUUUGUUUAAUAGCACGGCAUUGGUACGUACUGCUUGCAACUACAAGCUGCCAGUCUGUUGCACCAUGCAGCUCUUACAGAGGGUCUCGACAGAUUGCAAGCACGGGACCGAAGGCUUAAGCUUUUCACUAUCAUUGAAAUAAGCGUUGUUACAAUCUGGUGUUUCCCGGGGCUCCACCAGCGUGAAUACAAUUGACUAUGCGGUUAAAACGCUCUAUGCACGCAAUAGCAAUCCCGUUAUCAACCUCG